GUAGACUUGCAUGGGACUCGUCUUCACACAUCACGGGGAGGGGUGAAUGGAAUAGCAGACAGAAAGUUUUAGUACCACUUCUUCGGACUUAACAUGAACUAAGGAGAAACUGGGACCAUUGUACAAUUAUUUACAAAUGCCUAGUGACCCACCGUGUCAUAUUGCUGCUGGCGUGAGUGUGUUUAGGCCUACCGAGCGAUAACUCGUGUUAUGGAACAGCAAGUGAGCGAUGAAGAAGAACCUCAACCUGUAGUCCUCAGAGAAGAGAACCGGAGGAGGAGAAGAAAGAUGAAAGCCUUCACCUCCACCUUCUCCGUGGCCAUGGACCAGAUAGCCAUCGAGUUCGUCCUCCCCACCACCACUAAGAGUAGCCGCAGCCCGGACACCUUGCUCCUGGAGGUGGCUGGGAACUGGACGGUGGAGCAGGUGAAAGCCCAGGUGUGGCUGAGGGUAGUAGCCACCAACCUGUGCCCUGAGUUCUAUCAGAAGUACUCCCCUGACCACUGCAUCCUGCUCUACCAGAAGAAGGGCAACUGGUGUGAGAUCUACGAUAAGCACCAGGUGUUUCAGACCCUGGACUGCAUCCGCUACUGGAAAGCUCUGAAGAAAGAUGUGGGAAAGAUCCACCUGACGUGCCGGCCUCAGCCCUCGGAGGAGUCCACACAGUACCAGAGGUACCUCAACUACCUGAUUGGCUACGACGUCACCGACGUCAGCAACGUGCACGAUGACGAGCUGGAGUUCACCCGGAGGAAGCUCCUCACACCCCGCAAGAUCGAGCUGGCUGACCGGGACCCCAAACUCUACUCAAUGGACCCUUGGAUCACACCCAAGCACCUCCCAGAGCACCUGCUCACCAAGGUGACCAACAGCCACAUCCUGCUGGUCAUUCACAGGAACAAGGCCAGCCAGACCAUCAAGGUGUCCAUCGACGACACGCCCGUCCAGGUGCUCCAGACCUUCUUUACGAAGAUCUCCAAUAAGAGGGCUCUGCUGGGAGUUCCUGAGGAUGUGUGUGAGGCAGACUACGUCCUGAGGGUGUGUGGCAGGGAAGAGUAUAUCUAUGGGAACCACCCGGUCAAGGACUUCCACUGGGUCCGACAGUGUCUGAAGAACGGGGAGGAGAUCCAUCUGGUCCUGGAGUCGGCUCCUAAUCCAGAUCAAGACCUGGUCCAGAAAGAGGACUGGGCACAGGUGGAUGACUGUACUGGAGUGGCAGGCACCCAUGAGCAGCUGACGAUCGACGAGAAAGACCACGAGCGGGUCUUCACCAUCUCUCUGUGGGACUGUCACAGGAAGUUCAGGGUUAAAGUCCUGGGCAUAGACAUCCCGGCCCUGCCGAGGAACCCAGAGCUGAUCGUGUAUGUGGAGGCCAGUAUCUUCCAUGGCCAGCAGCUCCUGGCUCAGGAGAGGACCUCCUCCAAGGCUUUCACUGAGGAGGUGCUGUGGAACACCUGGCUGGAGUUUAAUAUACGCAUCAGAGACCUGCCCAAGGGGGCUCGCCUCAGCAUACAGGUGUCCUGUGGGAAGGCCCAGACCCAGAUAUCUAAGGGCUCCUCCUCCUACCAGGACAACGGAGGAUCCCCAGUUGGAGGUGGCAGCAGCAGCCAUGAUGGUAAUAAGACUAAGAGUCGUCUGCUGUACUACGUCAACCUGCUGCUGGUGGACCACCGCUCGCUGCUGCGCCAGGGAGAGUUCAUCCUCCACAUGUGGAAGAUGCCUGAGAAGACCGAGGACAACAGCAGCGUUAAUGCAGACAAGCUGACCUCAGCCACCAACCCAGACAAGGCUUCCUCCAUGGCCGUAGCCAUCCUGCUGGACAAGUACUGCUACCCAGUGGCCCUGCCCAAGAGCAGGGAGGGCAAGGAGGCUGGGGAGGCCGAGGGAGGGGACAGGGGGCAAAGGGAGAUGCCUAACCACCUGAGGAAGCAGUUUGAGGCAAUUGUUGAGACCGAUCCACUGCACCCUCUCAGCCAAGAAGACAAAGAGCUGCUGUGGCACUUCAGAGAGGAGUGUAUGCGUCACCCCAGGGCAUACCCCAAGCUGCUGGGCUCUGUGCGGUGGGGUAGACAGGAGGCUGUCCUGGCUACCCAUAGGCUGUUGGAGAGGAGCUCUGUGUGGGAUCGUAGUGUGCUGGAUGUGGGCCUGGCCAUGCAGCUGUUAGACUGCCACUAUUCUGACGCUCACGUCCGCUCUAUGGCCGUACGCAAGCUGGAGACCCUGGGGGACGACGACGUCCUGAGAUACCUGCUGCAGCUGGUCCAGGCUGUGAAGUUUGAGCCGUACCAUGACAGUGCCCUGGCCAGGUUCCUGUUGAAGAGAGCUCUCAGGAGUAAGAGGAUAGGUCAUUUCCUUUUCUGGUUCCUGAGGAGUGAGAUAGCCCAGUCCAUGCACUACCAGCAGAGGUAUGCUGUGCUGCUGGAAGCCUACCUCCGAGGCUGUGGAGAGGACAUGCUGCAGGAUUUCAGACGCCAGGUGGAGAUGACAGAAGCCCUGCAGAAAGUCACCAGGGAGAUCAAGGCCAUGUCUGCUGAGAAAUAUGAUGUUUCUGCACAAGUUGUGUUCCAGCUGCGUCAGAAGCUGGAGAACCUGCAGACGUCUGGGCUGCCAGAGAGCUUCAGAGUGCCCUAUGACCCGGGUCUACGGGCUGGUGCUCUGGUGAUAGAGCAGUGUAAGGUGAUGGCCUCUAAGAAGAGACCGUUGUGGCUGCAGUUUAAGAGGGCUGACCCCACCACUCUGUGCAGUGACACCAUCGGGGUCAUCUUUAAGGACGGGGAUGACCUCAGGCAGGACAUGCUCAUUCUACAGAUUCUGCUGAUCAUGGAAUCCAUAUGGGAGGAAGAGUCUUUGGACUUGUCCUUAUUGCCCUACGGUUGUAUCUCUACUGGGAAUAAAAUAGGGAUGAUUGAGAUAGUGAAGGAUGCCACCACUAUUGCCAACAUCCAGCAGAGCGUUGUGGGAAGCACAGGAGCGUUCAAGGACGAGAUCCUCAGCCAAUGGCUGCGGGACAAGUGUGUGAGCGAGGAAAAGUUCCAGCAGGCGGUGGAGAGGUUUGUGUUUUCCUGUGGAGGCUACUGUGUGGCCACCUACGUCCUGGGGGUAGGAGACAGACACAACGACAACAUCAUGAUCACUGAAUCUGGUAACCUGUUCCACAUAGACUUUGGCCACAUACUGGGGAACUAUAAGAGUUUCCUGGGUAUCAGUAAGGAGAGGGUUCCUUUCGUCCUCACCCCUGACUUCCUCUAUGUCAUGGGCACAUCAGGGAAGAAGAGCAGCCCACAUUUCCAGAAGUUCCAGGAUGUGUGUGUGCGGGCCUACCUGGCUCUAAGGCAUCACACCAACCUCCUCGUCAUCCUGUUCUCCAUGAUGCUGAUGACGGGCAUGCCUCAGCUCACCAGCAAAGAAGACAUCGAGUACAUCCGCGAAGCGCUGACUGUGGGCCGGCCGGAGGAGGAGGCACAGCGCCACCUGCUGGACCAGAUAGAGAUCUGCAGGGACAAGGGCUGGACCGUGCAGUUCAACUGGUUCCUACACCUGGUGCUGGGCAUCAAGCAGGGGGUGGAUAAACGCUCAGCUUAGGGGGCUCCCCUUAUGGUGCCAAUGGGUUGGCAACACCAGAGUGAUGGGUUCGAAUCCCAUAUGGGCCACAUAUGUGAUAAUUGUAAGCCACUUUAGGUAAGAUUACUAUGUUGAUUGGACUCCCAAAUAAGGAGAGAGGGAGAUAUAGUCAGAGACCAAAGUGUGGAUCUAAAAGUUUGUCAACCCUUCCUCAAUGAUGUAACCAGUUGUUCCGAGGAAAUUACCCAUUGACUGUACCAUGGACUGUAUACAGUAACGGUCUUAUUUUUGCACUUUCAAGAUCAAAGUCUGAUCUUACCAUAUGUUUAUGAGUUAUACAUAAAUAUUGACUCCUGUUCCUCUGCUAAUGCACUGCAUCUGAUUGUAUCAUCUGUUAAUACUGUAUAACAUCCGACUUGCAUGACGGAUGGUGGCAAUACCAUAAUAAACCUAAUCAUAGAGAAAUAUAGUUAUAUAUUAUGUCCCAUCGCUAGAGGGCGACAUGCAGAUGUUAAACUGAGUGACUCGCCAACCUCAUCAGAGGAAGAGGUCUCUAGGAAACCAAAGGAAGCUUUUCCACACCAGGGUAGCCUCUCUCCACCUCUCAGGUCUUGGGGAUGGGGAUGCGGUUGCAGCUUCAGUGUGUGCAGCUGGACUCCGUACUGCAGACAGUGAGUGUCCUGGAGGCAAUGAUCCGGAGGAGCUUUGGUCCUGAUGGAGGACAGGUGCUGUUCACACGGGACAAACGCUGCUGACACGCCACGGAACACGCAUCCUCACAGCCCUGCGGGUGGAACAAAAAGCCCCACUAAAACCCGCUCUGGCUCCCAGGAAAAAAACUGCAGUUCCAAAUUUGCUCCAUUCAUUAAAAUCACAAUUUAACACUCAACAAUUUUUUGACUACCUGAACCUACUAUUUGGUUUUGAAGCAUUGAAACCAAACCAUAUGAUUUGAAUGAAAAAUACUUUAAUGAACAUGAAAAGGUGAAUGUAGGAAGUUUCAAAUAGACUACAUGUCUUAUUAAACAGCAUAUAAACACGAAGUAGGUCAGCAGCCAGACAGGGAGCCUAAGAAGGAAUGAAAAUGAAUUAUUAAUGCAAUAUUACAAAUGUUUCAAGGCUAUAGCCUACAAAGAAAUACAUUGUGAAGCAUUUACGAGUGCAACACAGCUGGUAGGGAGUCAGGGACAGUAAGCACUCAGCAUUUUAACAACAGUUUGUUGUGUUAAAUCAUUAUAGUCUAAAUUGCGCAUAUAAGCUGUGACAUUUAGGAUUAAACACACAUGAAAUGAAAAAUGCCUUAUUAGGCUCAGUCUAGAGUUCCUUUGAAUUCCUUUUUAGAAACACCAGUUUGGCCAGGGUCUGUGGCUUCAGGCUCAUGUGAUGGUGCCUCUAGAGCAGGGCAGCAAUGGAGAAUAUCCUCUCCAAGCUUGCAGAGCCACUGGGGAUGCUAAAAACCCUUAUGGCCGCUCUUGACAGGCUGGGCAGAGAUGCAGAGUUGUUCUUUUUUUCUUCUAUUGGUAGGCCUAAAGGUUUUUAGGCAAAUAACCCAAUCAAAAUGGAAAGCGCCUUGAAAGUUGGAAUAUGAAAAUCAAUCAUGGCCUAUUGUAUAGAUAAUCUAACAAAAAUGAAGGAAACUUUUAUGAGGUCAGAUUUUUUGUGUAUAAAUACUUUGCUACAAUGAAACUUGAUUAGCUACUCACCUCGUUCCUUUCUUUUAGCAUGUGCACGUAGUAAGUACACCAUCAUGCUUUCGGGAUAUGUGUCAUUUCGGAUUCCGCAAUAAUUAUUUAGGACAUUACAUCACCACACUCCCUCUCUUGCUCUUGGUCCUCAUCUUUGUAAUUUACCUUGAUUUAGCACCUGUGUGUUCUAUCAGUUUCUUUACGAAAAUAUUUAGCGAACUCCAUGACAGUAGCUAAAGUAAGGGGAUAUAGCAGCACACAAGUAGACUACAAAUGCAUGCUGGGCAAGGAAUGCCCAGAGCUCGUGAAGUGAGUGCUAUUGGAGCAAAAUUGGAGCGGGCGAGAAGGCCGAUGCUCUAGCCUUUGGGAAUCUCGCUCCAUUCUCCAGUCAAAUUGGGCACACUCCAGCUUCGCUCCACUCACAUACUCUGACAUAAACACACACACACACACACACACACACACACACACACACACACACACACACAGACACACACACACACACACACACACACACACACACACACACACAUACAUAUACACACACACGUUCACACUUACAGUACAUUGUGAAAUCUCAAUCUCUGUGUGUGUGUGUGUGUGUGUGUGUAGGAUGGUGGUGGAGUGUGUGAGGAGACACAGCUCGGUGACAGGAGACGGCUCCAAGACCUUCGUCCUGCUGCUCGCCUCAUUGCUACGGGAGAUACAGAAACACACCCGAAAAGCCCGCCGGGAAGGUACCAAGCGUUUGGCUGAAGCUCUGCUGGCCUUCGGAUUGGACGAGCUCAGUGAUGUCAUCACUGUUGGAGUGGCUCCACAUGGCUCCUCCCUUUCAGACACACACACCCCAGGACAGACAGACACACCCACUCUGUGUGCCGCCUACUCAGUGUUUUCGUUCACACCCGGAUCAGCCCUACUCAUGAUGAAAUCAUCAGCCAACUGAACUGUGAGCUGCUCUCCCAUUGGAGUUACCAUGGCGACUUCGUAAACUAACACUUCCCUGCUCUGCACACAGCAGUAUCAGGCUUCCCUAUUGGCUGUUCCCGUCUGCUGGAGGGCCAGGUCAUACAUGCAGAUUUCUCUACACCCAUCCCAUUCCGCGACCAUGGACCAAUCAGGGCCCUUGCGGUGACGGAACCCCUGGAACCCAGCCUACUGAUUGGUGGAACUGUACUGGAGCUGGGUGGGGCUAAUAGAGGGAUAGAAAGUGUGUGUGUGAGAUCAGAGCAGGGGUUAGACAGUGUGUGUCACCCUACAGCAUCUAGGAGUAUCUCUGCUCCUCUCAUCAGUCAGACAGUCGGAGGCCUUCCUGGCUGCAGUGGGGAGGUACAGUGUGUGUGUGUGUUAGAGUGUGUGUGUGUGAAGACGACCUUACCUUGUUCUCUGUGCUCAGUGGAGCCCAGCCUGUCUCAGACUGGGCCGUGAUUGGACAGGAACAUGUUGCUACGGUUACCUUCUGCCAGCCGCUGGUGCCGGGAGCUCACAGGUUCGUCAAUGUGGGGUUUCUAAGGCAGAGGACAGGGGCAGACCCCACAGUCUGGUUGUGUGUGGACAGACAGAGGGCCAGGUGGAACAGAGUGUAUGUGCUGUACGAGAUACUCUACACAUGCUGCAUACUACCUGGGGGCCCAAACACAGGACUAGAGCUACAGAAAGAACCGCUUACGCACACACAGACACACACACAAACACACACACAGACGUGAUGGAGACUUGUUGUGUCAUUUCCGUGGGCAGGACUUUUGACUUCCUGUUACACCACACCCUCCUACAGCACACACUCCGUCAAACACAGACACGCACACUCCGUCAAACACAGACGCGCACACUCUGUCACACUUGGAUACCCCUGCCGCCUCGGGGAUGACUGCAGAGGCCCAACUGAGUGUGCCCAGACAGAUCUACUCCCACAAUCCUUGGCGCUACCUUGAGGCUCUCGCACACACACUCAGCUGCAUGUGUAACCAUGGUAUCUCCCCGGACCCGCCGGAGACAGUGCUGUUCUGGUAGCGGAUGGUUCUAAUCUGGUCCAGGCUGACACUAGGUCAGGAUCUAUGUCUGGGUCAGGGGUAAAGGAGGUGACGGUUUGGUCAAGCUCUGGCUCCAGUUCAGGUGUGGAGUCAGUGUCCUGUAAGUUUCAUCUGAUCCUGGCUGUUCUACAGUGUCUCAGGAGUCUACUGUCUGUGGACACUGUACUACACACUAAUACCUCACACACCUGUCAGAGAGAAGAGGAGGAGGGUGAAGACUGAGAACUCAUACUUGAUUUUGUUUCAUUGUUCAUCCAAAAGUUUUGUAUUACAUUCUUGAAAAAGUAAUCUCCUUGUGUAGUAUGUCUUUGCAUAUGAAUUUCUAUGUUAAUAAAUCCGAUUUGAGUAAA